AUGAGUCCGUGCAGUUCACAUUUGAAAGGUGCUGGACCCUCCCUCCAAAGGGGCUCCAGCAAAAAGGUGGAACAAAUUCAUAACUUAUACUCCAUCCAAUCUCCAAUUUUCAACUACACCAUGAAGUUCCAAAACCUUGUUUCUGCCCUUGCCCUGUCUGGCCUUUCAAUGGGUGCCACGUCGACUGACACUGCGUCUGCCGCUGUCACUACGUACUCCCUUGUCAUCUCCAGAUACGGUGCAUUUUUCACUAAGGUGAUGACUUCCACCGUUGGCCAAUCCAUCGAUUACGUGGAUCAGUACAUGAGUGACAGCAACAUCCUUGCUUACACUAUUGGCGAUUCGUCUGGAUCGGCCUCUUUCUACAGCAGGGCUUCAGUCCUUUCAUCCGAGUCGUCUGCCUCGGCAGCCAGUGCAAGUGCUACGGCCACCACCACCGAGUCCAGCUCCUCUGAAGAGGAAACUUCUACUUCGGCCUCCGAGACUAGCACAGAGUCGUCCUCGUCAUCGACCAGCAGCUCUAACGGAGCAGCAGGUUUGCAACUUGGAACUGUCUCUGCCGCUAUGGGUCUGUCUCUCUGUCUUAUGUUGCUAUAA